ACAUGCACUUGUAACACCAAAUCGAAUCACUAUUCCAAAAGUUCCCAAAACAAACGACUCAUUACGGUCAAUGAAGUCGUGAAGUUAAAACUUCUCAUGCCGAAAUAAUUCCAUCGAAAGCCUAUUAAACACCGAACCUCUUUGACCUGCUAAAGCGCACAUCACAAGCUGGAGCGAUUCACUACAACAUGGUACAUGGCGCGCCCACCUGUUUUCAAGCAGUCAAUUAAAUCGAGGCCUCGGGGGUGGAUUAACUUCAGUCUAUGCUACCUUAAUAAGCGGUCAACCAGGGGCGGAGAUGCCGAUGCGAUGGACGUCGACAGGGGAACGCUUCAUCCAGGCGGACAGGAAGAACCGAGUGGAGAGGGCAAGACUCGACCUCCAGCUCAAGAUCUAUGAGCGAGAGAGGCUCCGAAACUGGGGCUUGCAAGAGCGGGAGAAGAAGUUCCUUUACGCCAACAUAGAAUCUGUGAGAAGAACCUCUGGUUCCAGCAACAUGGGUGUGGCCCCUGCCGGCUCUAAGGACAACUCGUAUGAGAAGUCCAUGCACAGCCGUAGUGCCAUCAGGCUGAGCGAGAAGAGGCUGAUGGAGUGGAGGUUGUGUGAGAAGCAGCUGCAGAGGUUCCUAAAACAGAAGGCCGUGGCAGCAGACGACACACUGCUCGACUCCCGCCUCAUGUCAAGUAGAAGCGCGUGGGACGAAGACGGGAAGAAACCUGUGUCCGCUAAAGAAAGACAUGGUGGAAAGGUCGAGAAAGAAAGGGCUGAGGUUCAACAGAGAGUCAGCGCUUUCCUGCACAGCGGCAUGCAUGUUGUGGACGGAAACACGGGUCAAAAGGAUGGAAAGUCCCAGGGCGAAGCGAAACAAGAAGUUAAAAGAGGUGGUAAGGAUGGUAGACAGAGACAUCAUAGCGAGCACGUGAUACGUCCUCAUACCGCUUUCGACAAGACUACUCCUGCUGUGAAACAAACGCAGCGACCCAUGUCGGCCUGUGUCGACAACACGUCCCGGAAAUCCCAGUUCCUGAUAACGAAGGGGGAUGUGUAUAUGAAUAGUGGGCUGCAGUUUACCAAAAUUUCAGGAUCAGGACCAGAUACUCCGGCAGCUCAGGUGAAUAACUUUGUCCACGACUUCAGUAGGCCCAACUCUCCUUUGUCAUCAGACUCUGAACCGGACCAGGAUGUGUUCCUUGACGACAGACUGUACACGGAGACACGGUACAACAGAUCACCACAAGACACAGACGCCUUGUCCGAGACGUCUAGAAGCUCACUGUCCGACAAGUCACCAAAGAGACUCACAAAACAUGUAUCUAUCCCCAGUAUUCUCGACCAGUUGACAGAGGAGGAGUUCUCUCCCCCUUCCCAAUCAACGUCUAGACAGGUUGUACCCCAUAGUGCUAAAUCUUCAAAAGGCAGCUUCUAUCAUAGACCUAGAUCCAGUUAUUCUACAAAGAGAAGGGAGAGCAUUCAGACUCCUACAGUGUUAGAAAUUAGUGAUGAAGAGGACCAAGACGUCAGACCGGAAGUGACGUCAUCAAGGAGUAACCGGAAACAGGACUUAGACCAAACGCACGUCUACGAUGCGCACAAGGCCGAGACGGCAGUGAAGAGUGCUAUGGUGUUUUCCAAAAGUUCUCGUAAGAAAGCCUUGGAAAACCUCAUAAAUCAAAAUAGUCCUGACAAAAGGGAGGUUCUAAGACAGGAGAGACUUCGUAGCAUGAAGUCUCGUUCUGCCAUGUUGUCCUGCAUAGCUAGUCGAUUCAACAUUAUCUAGUGUGGCGUGUUCAUGUGAAAAGAUACUGUUACAUCCAGGCACCAGCUUACAGUCGUUAAGUAGGCUACCAACAAGAUGCACAACAAGAUGCACAACAAGAUGCACAACGUUUUGGUGUCCUGAAGCUACAACACAGAACUUUCUUCAUUUUUUGACAAUGCCCAACAUUUCUAUUGAUGAAAGAAAUGUUGGUUACGGCGCAUAAUGUUUCUAAUUUCGACGAUUAGUAUGUUAAAUGUCCUGAGCAUUUAUCAUAUGAGAACGUGAUAAUGACUGGUUAGCUGCUUGUUAAGAUAUUAACGACUACUUAUUUAAAGAACUGCCAAAGAGUUUGUGUGACCGAGAAUGUUGUGUUUUUUGUUUUCCAAAGAAAUCAGGAACAACCAAUUACAUCCAA